GGAGCAGUUGGGAGCAUUCGAAAAUCACGUUACGCAUUCUGUCUUUUCAGCACCCAGAUGUUAUCUUGCCAAGCAUAAAAAAUCAAAUUAUCUCAUAGCUUCAAAAGUACUCUAGUCAUAGACUGGCGUUUAGAAUGAUGUUAUAAUUUUUAACCAUUCAGAAUAUUAAACUUUAUACAAAACGGAUAUAUUUCAAAUACCAUAUUAACAAAAUAUUUUAGCAAAAAUUUAAAGCACAUUUUCAAAUUCCAGUGUUGCCAUCUUGCAGUUUAAUUUACCGGUCUGUCGCAGAAUGUUUAACAAGCGGCUACCAACUUGUAGUUGGUAAGUGCACGAUCGUUGAAAUAGUCAGUUAUGAGCAGCACCUCGGACGGACGUGGUACGUACGCGCUCUUUCCGUCGAAACUAAAACUCAUAAAAAAAGAGGGGGAAAAAAGAUACAAGAAUUUUCGUUCCAGUUCAGUGAGAAAAAGUCACCUAAGGUUAUGGUGCUUUACACGGCGGUGACGCAUCGUUUGUGUUAUUGUUUCAGUGCCCAAGCUAGGGGGAAGUUAUUUUAAUUUCAAAAGAUCAGCAAAAAUUUUAUGUUGCUUCGUGUCAUGUGUGACUUAGUGACGGUUGGUUGAUUUUUAACCACGUUUAAGUGUGUUCUCCGUACAUCUGCUUUUGCAUGUGUGAAUAUGACGGUUUAGUGAAGAAAAGAAAUUUUGGGAAAAGUGAUCAAUUAAAUCAUUAAAUUCAUAUCGGAAUGUAGCGCAUUUUGAACACUUAUGAUCGAUUAAACAUCACUGGAAAUUUUAGCUUUAUUAAAGCAGAUUCAAAUAAUCUACAUAACCCACUAUCAUGGAUAAAUGCAACCUUGUAUUAAAUCACAAUGGAAUUAACAUUUAGUCUUAAUUUGACAUCAUUCUUACUGAGUAUUAUACUACUGGUUGCUUGCAAGCAACGGGCCACGUCUUACAAAUUUAUGAAAGUGCGAUUGAAAAUCUUACUUGGGUUGUUACUUAUCUUGUUACCAACUGCAUCGUGCAACAGACCACCCCGUUUCUUGAUAGAUGGUCCUCCAGUAUUGCGGCUCAAAGAGGGAUCGGAUACGCCCGUAGAUUCACUCAUAUACCGCGUCAAAGGAUAUGAUCCCGACGGAGACCCGCUCACGUUUGGGGUUCGGCCUUCUGUAGAUAGUGAUUUGAUAAGGUUAGAGCAAAAAAGUAAAAUUGAAGCAAACAUUUAUUUGAGCAAGGAGCUUGACCGAGAGGUUAAAAACGAAUAUAAAUUUGUUCUUACACUGAGCGACGGCCGACUAGGAGAUUACACUAUAACACAAAGCUUACUUUUGCUGGUCGAAGACGUAAAUGAUAAUGAACCAAUAUUCAAGCCAUUUACUUCAGCUGUUGAAGUCUCUGAAAAUAGUGCUCCAGGAGUUAUCGUCACGGUGGAGGCGACAGAUCGCGACGAGGGAGCAUAUGGGCAAGUUGUAUAUUUUUUAGAAGAGCUGGAAGGAGAUAACGAGGUGUUCACAAUAUCUACAACAUAUGGUAAAGGUAUAAUAAGAUUGGUAGGGUCUUUGGAUUAUGAAAGGAAAAGUUUAUAUCAGCUGAGAAUUCUCGCCAAGGACAGGGCUAUUCAGGGAAGAGUCAACACUGGCACAGCAGCUCUGCUUGUUAAGGUGAAAGAUGUUGAAGACCAGCUACCGGAAUUUAUACUUGUCUCCUCCGUAACUCGCAUUGCUGAAGAUGCUCCUGUGGGAACAGAAGUGACUGCAGUCAAAGCUAUCGAUGGAGACAGAGGUGUUAAUAAUCGCAUCCAGUACUCGAUUGUUGAAAACGAUGGAUCUCCAUUCAGUAUUGAUCGGCAGACCGGAGCCAUAGUGACUACUGCAAAGCUAGAUCGUGAAGACACCCGAAAUCGCAUGAGAGCGGCAUAUAUUUUAGAAAUCGUAGCCACUGAAGUUUGUGACGUAGAGCCUGCUCCAUUAGUUAAAACCGAGUUGACUAUAUUGAUAACUGAUGUAAAUGAUGAGUCUCCCACAUUCAAAAGCCACAAGUACGAAUUGGAAAUCAACGAAAAUGCUCAACAAAAUACGCCAGUUACAUUUUUAUCGAUUGGACUUAAUUUUGUGUUUGACUAUGAUCAAGGAAAAAACGGUACAUUUGAUUUGUAUCUAGAGCCUGGUGGUGGCGCGUUCGAAAUUUCUCCAAGCAGGGCGGUGAAUGAGGCAACGUUUAUUCUACGAGUAGCGAAUCCUAGUCUGUUGGAUUAUGAAAAAAAUAAAACGAUGAAUUUUAAAAUCCACGCACGAGAGAUAACCGACGAGGGAAGGCACAAUGUGGCAGAUAUUGUAGUUUAUAUUCGUGAUCAAAACGACAAUUUUCCAGAGUAUGAAAAGGCCCAGUACGAAUGUUAUCUUCCCGAAAAUAGUGUCAUUGGUGUUAUACUAACACAGGUGCAAGCUGUUGACAUAGAUUCGGGAAGAUUUGGAACAGAAGGGAUAAGAUACACUCAUAUAUCUGGAAGCAUGGCAGAUUUGCUGUCUUUACAUCCGGUCACUGGGGCUAUAACAUUAAAAAUUCAGGGUGACGAAGCACUAGAUCGAGAGCUUAUCCAGAAGCAUUAUCUCACCGUAGAAGCAAGAGACGAUUUUGGAAAGGGAAAUCUGAAAACCGUUCAAGUUAUCGUGUUCAUUUUGGAUUCUAAUGAUAACUUUCCAGUAUUUCUGCAAAAUUCAUAUGAAGCCAGAUUAAUGGAAAAUAAAAUGUCGUUUGAAACACCUCUCAUCAUUCAUGCUAAAGAUGCUGACCAAAAUGGUACCAGGAAUAGCGAAGUAAGAUAUGAGAUCAUAGAAGGACAGUUCAAAGAAAAUUUCACCAUAGACUAUGUAAAUGGAGAACUAAAGCCUAAGACUUAUAUAGAUUUUGAACUACUUGAUAGUGGAAUAUUCAACAUUCGUCCAAUUCAUCUUACUGUUCAAGCUUCAGAUCUUGGGACCCCUUCACUAAGCUCGAAAGUGUCAGUUAUCGUUUAUGUCCAGGAUGUAAACGAUCAUCCUCCUCAGUUUACGAAUUUAUUCUACAGUCGAUCGAUUCCUGAAGAUCUACCAGGGGGCAGCUCUGUCCUGUCACUGAAUGCUAUCGACAUGGAUGGAUCAUCUCCGAAUAAUUUUAUAGUUUACCGUAUUCAAAGUGGAGCUAGCGACAAGUUUGUCAUCAGCCCUGACAAAGGGAUAAUUUCGAUAGCUACCGGGGCAACACUUGACCCAGAUUUGACUGAGUCUAAAAUUACAGAGUAUGCACUAACAGUGGUUGCCCUGGAUGGUGGAAUUGGCGAACAACAACUUCGGAGUUAUUGCAAAGUUAACAUAGCAAUCAUCGACAAAAACAACAAAGUGCCAUACUUUCUAGAGCCAGGAACCAUAUCCAUCAGGGAAAAUUCACCAGUUGGCACUUAUGCGUACCGUUUAAUUGCUUACGACUUGGAUAGAAACCCCAUGUUACGCUUCUAUAUGGACGGUAACAAUUCAGAAGCUAGGUCUGAGGAUGGAUUACUGGUUAAGCUUAGCGAAUAUGACUACCUUGCAGCGUUCUCAUUAAAUUCAACAGAUGGUCUUAUCCGGGUGAGUAUUAGACAUUUAGACACAUUCUAACGUGCCGAUUCUUAGUGUACGGGUGCACUGUUUGAUCUACCCAAAGAAAAAAAGCAAAAAAAGGUAAACAGAAAGAUCACUUUUUUCGAUAUGAAUUUUCAGCCAAUAUUGGGAUGGAAUCUCCAAGGAUAUGAUAGAAUUUACCAUCAGCAACACAAUUCACGUGUUUUUUCAGAUAUUUAUCGUUUGAAUUGCAAGAAAUUUGAAAAUCAAAACCCCAAACAAUGAUUUGUUAUGGGCUACCAUUUGACAGUUAGUGCUUUUGUUGUGGGCUCUCAUUUGACAACCGUGCUGUUGUGACUAUUGUCAGUUUGCUUAGGUCGAAAUAGGGUCGCCAUCCCCCCGCUUUUUACAAAUUGAGUUGUUUCCAUAUAUUGUAGAUUUCCAUUCUAUACAUUCAAAUAGGCAUUUGGUGGGUGUUAGCUCUGCCGAGCUUCGGUGACCCAUUUCUACGUAGGCUAGCCGUACGCGAGGUACCUCAGCUUGAACCGACAAGCCCCGCUCUAAAGAACAUUUGCAUCAAUCGGAUACAAACGUUAUUAAGAACUUCCGAUUUCAUAUAUGUGGACAAGAAAUCAGCGCGUAUUUAAUAAGCAUAUUUUUUAUAUAUAUGUUUGUUUUGGAUGGAUGUCUUGAUUGGUGUGAGCGAAUGUUAGAAUAUUAGUGAGAGGGUUUUUUUUUUGUUUUAUAAAAGGAAAGGGCUCACCGAAUAAUGAUAUCUUC